UCAGCUGGCAACCUGUCCGCAGCCGACCCGUCGUGCGCUCCCUGUAGGGCGGGGAGAGGCUGGCUCUCUGACACACACCCUCCCUGGUGAUGACGCACUUGUAUAUAGGUAACUUAGGCGAGCCGCCGGUCCGUCCAGAACAGUCAGCUCUCUCUCGGUCAGCGUUGAGCAAUGGCAGGAAGAACCAGCCGUCUUAGCCGGAACCUCGACGCCGUUCGGGGACUGCUGGAGAUCGAUUCCCGCCCGAGAUGCUCGAAAGGAGCCAGAUUGGCCUUGCCACAUUACAGACACUUAAGCUCAAACAGGAUUUCCCUGCCUUGCAUUCUGAAGAUCAGCCCUUCCCUGGCUUCCAAGUCAACCACCAAACAGCAGACCCGGACCUUUCUGAAUCUGGCAGCCCCCCUGCUUGGUGCCAAGCGAAUGGAGUAUGCAGAAGUCCACCAGCUCCCGUAUUCUGUUGAGCAGCUCUACGAUAUCGUGGCAGAUGUGGCCACCUAUCAGCUGUUUGUGCCCUGGUGCAGCAGCUCCCGUGUCAUUUCCCAUCGCAAUGGCUUCUUGAGGGCUGAACUGGAAGUGGGAUUCCCUCCUGUGGCAGACCACUAUGUCUCUGAGAUAUCCUUGGUGCCUCAUCAUCAGAUCCGGGCUGUGAGUAAGGAUGGGCGGUUAUUUCAGCAUCUGGAGACACUGUGGCAGUUUCAGCCAGGACUUCCAGGACAGCUGGACACCUGCACACUAAAAUUUUACGUCUCCUUUGAAUUCAAGUCAGCUCUUCAUUCCCACCUGGCCAGCCUCUUCUUUGACGAGGUAGCCAAGCGGAUGGUGUCAGCCUUUGAGCAACGAGCAAAGAAGCUGUAUGGUCCACAAUCAGCAGCCCGGCCACCCAAGGCAGUUUGCUGCAUGUGACAGAAUGGCCUUAUUUAGGACUAAGUGUGAGGCAUCUUUCCUAACAGAGGAAGUCUAACAGAGGACUUUUUGCUUUACCAUCCAGCCUGGAUCUCUUCCUGGAUGCCAUUUUUAAGGACAUUGUUUCAAGUUUUAGUUUAUUUUUUAAAAAAUAUAUUUAUUACUUACAAGAUAACCUAAUUCUCAUACCUGGUAUCUUGUAUAUAAAAAGCAAUCAACAUAUAUAUAAUUUAGCUAUGCAUAUUCAGUAACAAGAUAAUAUCCAAGGGACAUUGAUUUAUUUAUGUCUAUUUAACUUGCAAAAACCUCAGAAUAAAUUAUUUGAUUAUGUUGUUUUAUUGAGAAUUUUGCCCUAGGUUAAUUUAUUUGAUAUUUAAUUCUGCUGGUCUAAGGAUGACUCUUUAACUACAAAGGAGACUUCUGGCAAUGACUGACAAUAGGGCAUGUGUGGAAUUUUGAUAAGGUUUGUUUUUAAAAAUCUCCAGGUUUUUAAAGAUGUGGUGCUUUAUUUAUUUUAUUUUAAAUGCCAAUAAAACUUGAAUACUUGUAA